AUGUUGUCUCUCGCCAUUCAAACUAAACUAAGUACCCCCAAUCUUGAUUCAACGUCAAAAGGCACAAGAAUCCCAUCUCACCAAACAUCUCAUCAACUGUCCACCUACAAUUCUUUCAUCAUAUGCAAGUCCAAAAGCACCGACCACAUCUGCCAAAUUCGCAUCAAAGAUUACAUCACCAAGUCACAAAAUGGCAUCAAGCCAAAGAUAUUCUUCUGCUCCCACAUUCGCGGCACCAUCCUCAUCGCCGUCCAGCGCGCAGCCUCCGAAUUGCAAAUCACCGCUAAAAUACCACCUUUCGCAGAGCAUCUUGUCUCCAAGCCCCGCAACUUCUGGCCGCUUGUUAGUCGCUGCAACCUCAACCACGGCGGUCAGGAUACGCACGGCGUGAAGUUCAACAGCCUUGUUUUGGCAGCACUUCGUAAUUUAUCAAAUAUGUACAGCGCAAGGCGGUCAGACAUGGUGCGCUGA